AUGUCGAAGAAAGGCGGAGAUCUCAACGAUAUGGCCAAGGAUGGCACUAGCAUUCCCGGAGAUGCCGGAAAACAGAACACGAUCCCAUCAGUACCCAACCCAAGCCAAAAAUCACAAGAUGCUUCCGGCGGAAUCGGCGGAGCCUCACUACACAGCGCGGCUGAUAACCCUAUCGGUGUAAGCAAGAACGCGGACGACAAUGCGGUUACAGCGAGCGGACACGCAGUGCCCCAAUCGACGGCCGCCAAGCCCAGCGGUAGCGGCGGCAAGGAGCGGGAACCCGUGAGGUUUCAGUAG